AUUAAUAAGGGUUUGUGUUAUUAAUAAGGGUUUGUGUUAUGGACCCUCAGUAGGAAGCCAGUGACUGCAAAGAUUGUUCUCAUGAUGCUGUAUCAGAAAACGGAUAGCUCUGAGGAAAUUAUGAGCAUGGACAUGGAAUAUGAACAGAAGAAGGUUCCCAAAGAUCGCUGCCGCAAACAAACUGGCAUCCUUAUGAUUCUGGGAGUCUGCGUUAUUGUUUUCACGACGAUGACUUUUUUAAUCUUUUUGCACCAACAGAGUAAGUUCUCGAUGUUGGAGAGCUGGAUGAACAGUCACAGUUCCAACCUGACUUCAGUCAAACCCGAUCUUCAGAGUACAGAGCGUCAGGAUGAAGUGAAGAGUUUGGUGGUCAGUCUGUCUUCUGCAGUAUCAGCGCUGACAUCCAAACUGAACGAAGCAGUUAGCAGCCAGGACCAGAAACAGACUGAAAGUAAACAAUUGCUGGACGCUUUGAGCUCAUCUGUUACUUCUCUGCAGGCUGACCAACAAAACAAGCAGCGUGGCGUCGAGUCGCUGUCGAGCUCACUGAAGGACCUGAAGAGUUCAGUUUCAGAUCUCACCUCAUCUGUCACAUCUCUUUCCUCUCAGCUAUCAGUCAGCAAGCAGAAUGAUUCGCAAACUAACGCGAAGAGUUUAAUGAACUUGAGUUCUUCGGUGUCUGCGCUGACGGCACAGCUGAAUGAUGCAGUUAACAAGCAGGACCAGAAACAGAGUGAAACAGAAAGAUCGCUGGACAGCUUGAAGUCGUCUAUCGAGUCUGAUCAACAAAACAAACAACGUGUCUUCGAGUCUCUGAAGAGCUCAGUGAGUGACCUGAAGAGUUCAGUAUCAGAUCUCACUUCUUCCGUCGCAGCUCUUUCCUCAAAACAACAAACCUCUGAGGAAAGAGUCCUGAACGCUCUGAAGGAGCUGAUAGCCAAUAUGAGUGGAAAAACAGCAGACACAGGCGACUCUGCGGUCACCUGUAAAUCCGGCUGGAUCUUAUACAAAAACAGCUGUUUCUUGUUCUCUAAUAAUAAACUCAACUGGUCCGAGGCACGAGAUCACUGCAAAGAGCAGGAUGCUUUACUCCUGAAAAUACAAGACGACGACGACGACUGGGCCUUUCUGAACAAACACAGCAUACCCACAUCCUACUGGGUGGGUCUAACGGAUCAGAGCACCGGCCAGUGGAGAUGGGCGGACGAAACUCCCUACAUCAUGAACAAAGAACGCUGGAAUGCUGGUCAGCCGGACGACUGGAAAGAACACAGUAAAGGAGAAGGAGGAGAGGACUGUGGACAGAUAACCUACACCGGAAAACUGAAUGACAACCACUGCUCUGUCAAAAUGAAAUUUAUUUGCAGAGUGCAGUUCUGAACUUCAAAACGCCUGUGAUGGAGCGGGAAGAUUAAAUAUCUUUUAGUUUAGUUUUCUGCAGAGUGCAUGACACUGUGUAACACCUGCGUGUGUGAUUAUACUACCUUUUUGAUAGAAAUAAAAAAUAUGUAGUUAUAGUAUA